UUUAAUAACUAGUUUAGGUUUUAAUAACUAGCCAGUGAAAUCAUUCACUUUACAAUGGCAGUGGAUCAUCUAAAAGCUGUUGGCCUUGCCAUCAAGAAAAGUCCUAGAGCGAUACGGAAGAAAUUUGGAGGAGGAGGCGAGCAAAACCAGCACGAGAUACUCGAUGAAGACUGGUACCAUUCAGAAGAUCCAGUGAAGAGUGGCGUUACUUUCUUUUGCAAGUAUUUGGGAAGUAUGGGCGUUCAGAAAACACACGGUCCAGGGUCAACAGAAGAUGCUGUGAAAGCAAUAGUGCAAGAGGCCAAAGUGAGGGCAGGAAAGCUUCAAAAAGUUAAACUGACGGUUUCCUCAAAGUUUUUGAAAUUAGAGGAUGCCACCAAACAGAUUAAACUGGACGAAAUACCACUCUACAGGGUUUCAUACUGUACUGUUGAUCCAUACUAUGACAAAGUGUUCUGCUAUAUUGCACGUAAUGGAGAGACAAAGAAACUAGAGUGCCAUGCUUACCUCUGUGGAAAAAGAUCAAAAGCAGAAGCUGUGACACUGACUGUUGCUCAAGCAUUUAACAUUGCAUAUGAUAGUUGGAAGGAACAGAAAAAGAAAGUACCUGAGGAGAAGAAAGCAAGCAGUAGUAGCAGCAGCAAUGCCAGCAAUCAUACAGGAGGAGGAGUAACUCCUGUAAAACAAUUACUGACUCAAACUUCUCAGGAAACUGAAGAUUUACUAGGUGAACCUAUUUUAAAUCCUGUACCAUUGUCAAGCCCACGAGCGCCUUCUCCUACUCUACCACAGGUUAUUCCUGAGAUGACAUUUGACCUUCUUCCUAGCAGUCCUAAGCGCCAUGAAGACACCAAUCCCUUUAGAUCUGGAGGGAUGCCAAUGUCUCCGAUGAUCCAGCGUCAUAACACACAGCAAACCGAACCAUUAUCAGCUGAUGCUCUGGAAAUACAGACAACACUGUCAAAGGCUAAAAGUUUGAACUACAUAGCUGUUGAAGACGAGUUGGAUGAUGAGUUUCAACAAUUAGCUGAGGCCAGAUCAAACCCUCAUCUGUUGGAUAUUGGUGAAGUAGAUCGCUCACAAGUCAGUGGAGAUGUAAAACAAUAUAUGCUUCUUGGAGACAGAUCUUUUGAAGAUCUUUCACGAUCUAAAUCACACGAUGAUUUCCUGCGAUUGUAACAUGACUAUGUACACAUUACUACAAUUUAGUGCAAAUUGUGUCAAAAAUUUAGUGGCAUGCCUCAUUAAUUAUUUAAUGUUUUCCUUUAAUUCAUUAUUUCUAAUUGCUUUUUAAAAAUUUUUGCUUCCUGCCUAUCUUUUUCAUGCCUCAUCUAAAA